GAAUAUGUAUCGUCCAAAUUUUUAUGAAUCAACGUGUCUGCGUUGCAACGAAACCGUCUACCAAGUGGAUCGGGUGGGUCCCCUCAAGGACUUCACAUUCUUCCAUUCGGGUUGUUUUAAAUGUGUCCAUUGUGGCACGAAAUUGACACUGAAAACCUACUUCAAUAAUCAACAUAAACAGGAUGAUAAGGAGGUCUAUUGCAGUUCACAUGUACCAAAGAGUGGUCCGGGUCAUUUGGAUAACACAUCGGUGGGCAUACGCCAGGCAUUGAAUGCACCACGCACCAAUAAAUUUGUAAAUGAACAAAUUCGGGGAACGCGUACCGAGGUCGAUGGAGGUUUCGGUUCACGUCAAUCCACCCCAAAUGGCUAUGGCAGUCGUGAGGUUAGCUCGCCGUCACAAAAUGAAUCCGAUUACAAAUAUGGUCGUUUCGAUGCCAGCGCUCUGCACAUUGCACACGCACUCAAACAGACUGAAAUCCAAAAAGCCUACAACAAGGCGCGAGAAAAACCCAUUGAUUUCUAUUUGGGUCGCGAAGAACAAGCGCGCCUCGAAAUGAAACAUCGACAGGAGGAAGAUGACCUCUAUCGUAAAUUUGCCCGUAAACGUGAAGAGGAGGAUCGUAAAAUUCAAUCUGAAUUCCAAACGGAAUGGGAACGUGAACUUCAACGGCUGACGCAUAAAUUCGAAAAAGAAUUAACCACUUCGCGACGCAAUCGCGAGGAACAGAAUAUUCUCACCAAACGUCUCGAGCAGCAAAAAGAGGACUUGGAAAAGAACAUGACCCUGAGACGUAGUAAAAAGAAGGAGAGCAUUACCCGAAAAAUGCUCGAACAUGAACGUUAUGAGACGGCAGCUCUAGUCGAUCGUCAGUCUAGUGAAAUGUUGGAGUUGAUCAGUGCCCGUCGCUCCGAGUACAUGAUGAACGAGAGUAUUUUCCUCGACGAUGAGUUCAGUGAGGGUACCACACCCAUAGAAUAUCCCAAUUUACCACCCCUGCCUGCUCCGCCCACUGUUAGUAAAUUCCAAAUUUAUACAGAUCCAAUUGAGUUUGAAGAUGUCGAUCGUAUAGCAAUUUCGGUGGCUCAGGAGGACCAGAAAACAUUCACCGAUUUGGUGAGGCAGUUGGUGGGCCGAUGCACAACCGAUAUUGAAAAGGCCCGAACAAUAUUCCGUUGGAUCACCGUGAAGAAUUUGAAUAAUAUGCACUUCGAUGAUGAUUUGCGAGGUGACUCACCUAUGGGUCUCUUGCGAGGCAUCAAAUUCGGUACCGAAAGUUAUCAUGUGCUGUUCAAACGUCUGUGCAGUUAUGCCGGUCUCCAUUGUGUUGUCAUUAAGGGCUAUUCGAAGAGUGCCGGUUAUCAGCCGGGUGUUAAAUUCCAAGAUUCCCGUUUCCGGAAUUCGUGGAAUGCCGUCUUUGUGGCCGGAGCAUGGAGAUUUGUCCAAUGUAAUUGGGGUGCUAGACAUUUGGUUAAUGCUAAGGAGGUACCCAAAACGGGUCGCGGUAAAAAUGAUAGUUUGAGAUAUGAAUACGAUGACCAUUACUUCUUAACCGAUCCCCGAGAAUUUAUUUAUGAAUUCUUCCCCCUGCAAGAAGAAUGGCAGCUACUCAAGCGUCCCAUUACUCUGCGGGAAUUCGAGAAUUUACCAUUUGUUCGAUCGCUGUUCUUCCGUUAUGGCCUGCAUUUUGCCGAUGAGGGUUAUGGAGCUGUGGUCUUUACAGAUGAUACUGGUGCCGCCACUGUUCGCAUUGCCAUGCCCACGGACAUGCAAAGUUGCCUGAUUUUCCACUACAAUUUGAAAUUCUAUGACAGUGAUGAAGACUCGUAUGAUGGUGUCUCCCUGAAACGUUUCGUCAUGCAAUCGGUCAUUGGGAAUAUUGUUGCCUUCCGGGUGCAUGCUCCCUGUUCCGGAGCAUUCCUGUUGGAUAUUUUCGCCAAUGCUGUAACGCCACAGGAAUAUUUGACCGGCGAACCAAUGAAAUUUAAAUCGGUGUGCAAAUUUAAGAUUUGUUGUGAGGAAUUACAAACAGUAAUGGUCCCGCUACCGGAUUGUGCCAGUGGUGAAUGGGGUCCAACCAAGGCAACACGUCUCUUUGGCCUGAUACCCAUUACACAUCAGGAUCCAUUGAUUUUUGCCGGACGUAGUUUGGAUUUACAAUUCCGCAUGUCCCGACCCCUAACCGAUUUCAUGGCUACGCUCCAUAAAAACGGAAUUGAAGAGAAGAAACUCUCCAAAUAUGUGACACACAGUAUAUUGGAUGAUAUUGUGACAUUCAUUAUCAACUUCCCCGAGGAAGGGCAAUACGGUUUGGAUAUCUAUACCCGUGAAUUGGGUGCACCACCCCAUCACAGCAGUCAUCAUCACAACAAUUCGUCAUCGUCAACGGAAAAACAUUUGCUGACACAUUGUUGUAAAUAUUUAAUUAAUUCAUCGAAACGUAACUGA